CUUUUUUUUUUUUCUUGCCCCAGGUCCAGCAAGACUAUGAAUCUCUGUUCCAAAUGCUUUGCUGAAAAAAGAAAUCCACACAACGAAAAAGAUUUCCAAAAGAAGCAGCCAGAUGACGACUCCACUCCCAGCACAAGCAACAGCCAAUCAGAUUUGUUCUCUGGAGAAACAAACAGUGACAACAGCAAUACCUCUCUAACUACGCAGACUGUUAACUCCAACCAGCAACUUUCGACAGAACUGAAUGUAACUUCACCGAGCAAAGAGGAAUGUGGGCCAUGCACAGGUACAGCUCAUGUCUCCUUAACCACACCAACCAAAAGAUCCUGUGACUCAGAUUCACAGUCGGAGAGUGAGGCUUCUCCUGUGAAACGGCCACGACUACUGGAGGACAGUAAUGACAGGCCUGAGGAAACCAGUCGAUCUAAACAGAAGAGCAGACGCAGGUGCUUCCAGUGCCAAACAAAACUGGAGCUAGUACAGCAGGAACUGGGAUCAUGUCGCUGUGGUUACGUGUUCUGUAUGUUACAUCGCCUACCCGAACAACACGACUGCACAUUUGACCAUAUGGGACGUGGCCGUGAGGAAGCCAUUAUGAAAAUGGUGAAACUGGACCGGAAAGUAGGGAGAUCGUGCCAGCGCAUUGGCGAAGGGUGUUCCUGAGUGCAAGACUCUGCAACCAAAUGCUGUUCUCUUAGUUCACUAAUGUUAGCCUUAUUUAGGACAAAAUCAGCCAGACACCUUGUACUGGGCAAGUUUCAGACUACAGCCAAUCAGUUUCCUUUCUUUAGCCAACCGUCCUGGUACUGUAGUUUAGGGGUUGAUGGUGGUUGAAAUUGAUUUCUGGCUGGUUAUUAAGGUGCCUGCUAGCCACUGAAUAAAAUUAAAACAUGAAGAAAUACUUUUUCGAGCAUGGCUAGUGGAUUUAAACAAAACAAACAAUCCAAAGGCUUCUAUUAUUGCUGGAGUCACUUUCAAAGCCUUAUGCUGGAAAUCUUCCAGCUACAGAGUUAAAACAAGGAGCUGAAUAGAAGCUGAUGUAAAAGUUUGCUAUGCACAUAGCUUUCAGACAAACUGUGUUUAAUGUGCAGCCUUUCACCUCUUCUAAUUAAUCCUGACAAGGUUGAAACUCCACUAAGAGCAGCCACUGUAGCUGCUACGCCCAGAAGACCUGAUUGGUCACUCGUGCCUUCAUCGCGUGUGGCUUGUGAGGUUAGGCCGUGUUACCAGCAUCAGGGAUUCUGACGGGGCGGGCAUGUCUUUCUGGUUCUUCCAGGAAGCCAAAAAGAGAGGGGGACAGAGAUUCUUAUGAAAAACUUUUAUAUCUAACUUGCUAUGGAGAACCUGGAUUUUUUUUUUCCGUUUAAAUAAUCUCACUUAAACUGAACACCAUCCCAGAGCAGUAACCUGUAUGCAUUUUCUACACGGCAUCUUCAGAAUUUCUAAGGGUUGUGUGAACAGAUUCCAUGGUUGUGGUAAACACUGACCAGUGCAGCCGUUCACACCAGUGAAACCUGAUUGGCUCUUGUUUGCCUUUUGCUAAGUGCAGGUAUCUGAUAAUUGAUCAAAUAAGGCUAAUUCACAGCACAGUAGCCAUGGCUGGAUUCUACAGACUGACUUUCUGUAGCUAGACAUAUAUAUUGGGGAAAAAAGGACAUUUUGUAGCAAACGGAAUUCAGUAACAGUAUUGGGGAACAACCAGGAAAGCACCCAUUAUCAACUUGAGUUUGUACUCCUCGCUUCCAGUGUUAACAAGAUAAUCAAAUGGGCUAUGUCAGCCUUGUUCCUAUGCAGCUGAAUGCUCUCAUGAAAAUAUCUGCCCGCAUCUGUUGCAAAGCAAGUGUAGCAAGUGAAUGUGAAAAGCAUUACGUGGAAUAGACAGCACUGGAUCUGUUGUUCAGACCUAUGGUUCUGUAUUGCGGUCUGUCAUAUUGAGCUGAACUGCACAGAUCUCGUUAGUUUGUAGCAAAAAAUAUUUCAGCAUGUCUCCUGCUGCAGACAAAGUUUAUGCAGGUACAGAGGAUUUGUGUUGAUGCGGCCUGGUCUAGUCCUGUGUGGAUUUUGUUUCCCAACACAAAUUAGUAAGGCAUUAACAAUCAGGUAAUUCAGUAGGACAUCUGGGAUAGGGAAAGACUUUGUAUUGUCUUGAAAUAUUGGGCAGGUAUAAACCAUUCAAGAGGUGACAAUGAAUUGUCACUGAAAACCAGUGUGUGUAGGGUGGGGGGAGGGGAGAGCCUAAGUCAUCCUGUAUUCUCUUUGUUUUAAAGGUAAAUGAUUCCUUACAGGCCAAAUUAUACUGUUAUUUUGGUAGCCGGCUAGAAGCAUUUAACAAGGAGACAAUUUAAAAAUAUAUAUAUACUCAGCAUCUGACUGUAUUAGUGUAAAUUAACCCUGAAGCAAAUCAGAAAUGUCCCAUCAUUAUAAAAUGCAAGCUAUGGAAAAGGCUAACUAAGUUUGUUUUGGGUUUUAUUUUAUGAUUAUUAUUAUUAUCCCAAGCUAUUAAAUUGGCAGUAGAAAUUCCAGCGACGUGCUGUAUUUUCAGAAAAUGGUCCCACCUCAUCCUGGUGAGAGGGAUAAUACGAGGAUAUUCUUUACAUUUACCAUGAGUUUAGAAAUCAUGAAUUUCAGCUGCUGCUGAGAUAGGCACUUUCUUUUCCUCUCAAAUCCUAGCAUAGCAUUUGAUGGGCAUUCUGAUUUAUACUCAACUUUUCCACAUUAAUACUGAAGAUGCUAUUUGUUCUUCCUUAAUCUUUUCUUUAACCCUGUUACAGGUGCACAGUUGGUUUCAAGGUGGCUCUUGAGAGAACACUACUCAUAGUUUGUGUGGGUUAUGGACAAUGUUCACUUUAAAAAAAAAAAAAAAAAAAAAACGUGGGGGGAAGGGUUGUUCCUUUGCAGUAUCUGUUCUGUGAAGUUUGUUAAACGUAAAGAAAGCUUAAGUUCUUGUAUCUUUAAAGAAAAUCUUAUUUAACCCUUUUGUGUUCUAGAUUUACUUACACAUGUAGCCUAGAGCUCAGUUUUAGUUUAACAUUGUGAAAAUAUUAAAAAAAAAAUCUUGUAACUUUAUUCUUUUUCCUCCUGCUAAAAAAAAAAAAAAAUUAAACCAAUCAGAUUAAAGUUUGAAUUCCUUUCUGACUAUUCCAACAAGGAUUGUGAUCUGCACUGUUUCUGCUAAGGUUUGUGUAUGAAAUGUGAAUAAGGGAAAAAUUAGGCACUGGGCUAGUGAUUAUAGUUGAUGGGGAAUGGACAGCAUGUUUUUUUGCCAGUCUCUGGGGUUGGCACUAAUGCAGGGCUCAAGGUUAGCCAUUCUUUUAUAAACAAAUCUUAUUAAGUCUACUGUAACUUCAAUAUUGGAAAAUAACAUUUUGAGGGUAGUUACUUAUACGAGUCAAAGGAAUUUCUUUGCUCGUAAGUCCUCUACACAGAGUGCUGCACUAUUACAGCGGCAGGAAGGUAGAUAAAAAAUGUCCUCUAAAGUACAUUUUUGAUUAAUUUGGACAGGUUUCCACUCCCUCCCUGCCCCCCCCACUCACCUACAGUAGCUGUCUUCUGAAUGCGAAGUUCCAUUGUUUAUGGAAUGUGUUCAUAAUUGGUAAUUAGCUGAUAGACUACAUAGCUUGCAUUUUACCCCUCAUUUAGAUGUCUAAAAACACAGCCAUUUGAAUACCAGUAGUGUGUUUUAAGCACAUAGAUGGAAUGUCAGGAUGGAAUUUGGCUAAUUUCUUUAAAUUCAGUUUGGAAUUGAAGUGAUGCCUGAAAAUCAUGGGAUGUGUACCCCUAUUUUCCCCCCUCGAAUGAACACAGUACUUUCAAACAAAAUUGUGUUCUGUGGUUCUUGUGCACCACUCCAGUAGUGCGGGAAUAAGAGCUGUCAGGCUUAUUUUUGCUCUAGUCAGCCAAUAUUUCCAAGGAAAUUAACUCCCCUGGCAAAAAGGAGCAUCAAGACCCACCUCUCCAAAUCCUCACUUGUGGUAUCCACUUCCUGCCUUUAAAUAGUUGUUGUUUUUAUCAAGGGAAUGAAUUUUAUGCUGAGGAAAAUGAGGGACUCCCAGCAGUGGUUAUAUCUGGGCACUGUGUAGGCUGGCAUUGCACAAGUAUCCCUCUGCAUUUAUGCCAACAUACCUUUAGUCUGAUUGUGUAAAUGUUAGCUGUUCUAGGGAUAUAGCAACAGAAAAAAAAAUAUUUUUUUAAUGAAAAAUGUGGCAGAUUAUUUUAUGAAGAAUGUGUCUGGAUCAGUUGUAAUCUCCAGGCCUCUUUUCCUGCAUUCAGUUAAUUUUAUGGCAUGAACCCAAUGAUAUAGAAUACAAAUAAUCACCUCUCUCCUCCUGUGAUGCAUACUGUAUUUGUGUCUAGCUCUCAAAGGUGCAAAGAUACAUGCAUUAUCCCAAUACUGUACUUCAGUGUUGAAGCCCUAAGGAAAGAAAAUGGGAUCCGUGUUUAUAAAAUGUGAACUCUGGAAGCCUUAGCAAAAUUUCUAAAAGCACUCAAAGUGUGUACCCAUCUGCAUGCUAUUUAUAUAUCUAGACAGAGCAACCAAGUAACUUUCUUUUGUCACUCGGUUUGUUAACUAAAAUUGUUGGUUAUUUGUAGGACAAUAGAGGAGAGGUUUGAGCCAAUGUGCUCUGUUUACAACAUUGCUGUCAAAUUCAUCAGCAUCUCCUCCUUCCUUUUGAUAUGAAUAUUGAGCCAACUCAUCACCUACCAGUUUUUUAGUUUCUUUUCUAACCUUUAAAUUGUGAUAUAUGGGCACCAGCUUCCUAGCAGUAGAAUGGUUUGAUCUGGGGUUUUUAAACCAUAUUUGAAACAAAAGAACCAAUAUGAUACCACAAAAGAGGCAAUAUAUGACAGUGUUAAAAGAAAUUUUUCCUCCAUACUUAGUAUGCACGAACACAACCUCUUCUACCAUGAUGACUACCUAACUCUUCUUGAUUCAUCUAAUUGGGACUGCAGCCCACUGUUACGACCAGGGAUCCUGGUUUUCUCUUGAUU